AUGUAUAAAAUGGAAUAUUCUUACCUCAAUUCCUCUGCCUACGAGUCCUGUAUGGCUGGGAUGGACACUUCGAGCCUGGCUUCAGCUUAUGCUGACUUCAGUUCCUGCAGCCAAGCCAGUGGCUUCCAAUAUAACCCUAUAAGGACCACUUUUGGGGCCACCUCUGGCUGCCCAUCCCUCACUCCAGGAUCCUGCAGCCUCGGCUCUCUUAGGGACCACCAGAGCAGUCCAUACGCAGCAGUUCCUUACAAACUCUUCACCGACCACGGGGGUUUAAACGAGAAGAGGAAACAGAGGCGGAUCAGAACCACCUUCACCAGCGCCCAGCUCAAGGAACUGGAGAGGGUGUUUGCAGAGACUCAUUACCCUGACAUAUACACCCGGGAGGAGCUGGCGCUCAAAAUAGACCUCACCGAGGCGAGAGUGCAGAGAUUGAAGGCUCACAUCGCAGAAUGUGGCCUGAGUCAUCACAGGGAGAUGGGCUCGGCAGAAUUAUUUUUAAUCUGGUUGACCGUCAGGAAGACCGUAACUGCGGGUCCCAGCAUUACUGCCUAA